GAAGAUUAUGGGCAAGAGGGCGGACUUACUUACAGAUCCAUACAUCUAUAUCCUCUCCCGGUCUUUUUCUUUCUCUCUCACACCCAUCAUCAUUUCCCAUUUGUGACAGAUUGCUGAGAGGGAAAGAUGAGAUGGCAAACCAUCGUUUUUGGCCUUAUGCUUCAAGUUAUUUUGGUAUUUGGUUCUCAAUAUCCAAAAAAUCUCAACAUAUGGCCAAUGCCCGAAUCAGUAGAAUACGGCAACCAAACGUUUUAUCUAAGCAAGGAUUUCCAUCUCACGACUGAUGGAAGCAAAUACAAGGAUGCAUCUGGGAUCCUCAAGGAUGGAUUCGCUAGGUUGCUUGAUGUUGUCACAGCAAACAAUGUUAUUGAAUACAACUUUGGAAAAGUUUACGACUCUUUCCUUUUACAGGGAAUCCACGUGGUUGUUCAUUCAGAAAGUGAUGAGUUGCAAUAUAAUAUAGAUGAGUCCUACAAGCUUUAUAUUCAUCCACAAGGAAAUCCUGUCUAUGCCAAUAUUGAGGCAGCUACUGUCUAUGGAGCCCUACAUGCUCUGCAGACUUUCAGCCAAUUGUGCCAUUUUAACCUUAAAACAAGAAAGAUAGUAGUUAAUCAGGUACCAUGGACCAUUACUGAUCGACCUCGUUUCUCAUAUAGAGGUCUCUUAAUUGAUACCUCCCGGCAUUAUCAGCCCUUGCAGAUGAUAAAGAAAGUUAUUGAUUCUAUGGCUUAUGCAAAGCUGAAUGUUUUGCACUGGCAUAUAGUAGACAGAGAGUCUUUUCCUUUAGAGAUACCUUCAUUUCCCAAACUAUGGAAUGGUGCCUAUUCCAUAACUGAACGCUAUACAAUGGCUGUUGCAGCUGAUAUCGUGAGUUAUGCUAAAAGAAGGGGGAUCAAUGUGCUUGCUGAGCUUGAUGUUCCUGGACAUGCUAAAUCCUGGGGGGUUGGUUAUCCUGCAUUAUGGCCAUCGAAGAAAUGUCAAGAGCCACUUGAUGUCAGUAGUGAUUUCACAUUCAAAUUGAUAGAUGGAGUUCUUUCAGAUUUCAGUCAGAUAUUCAAGUACAGGUUUGUACAUUUGGGAGGUGAUGAAGUUGACACCAGUUGCUGGAGCUCCACUCCUCGUAUACAAAAAUGGUUAGAACAGAAAGGUCUAAACGAAUCUCAAGCUUAUGAAUAUUUUGUCUUGAAGGCACAGAAGAUAGCUGUGUCUCAUGGCUAUGAAGUUAUAAACUGGGAGGAAACCUUUAACCAAUUUGGUAGCAAACUGGACAGAAAAACGAUUGUCCAUAACUGGCUUGGGAGUGGUGUUGCUGAGCGAGUUGUUGCAACUGGAUUGAGGUGCAUUGUAAGCAACCAAGACAAGUGGUAUCUGGAUCACUUGGAUACUGAUUGGUCAACAUUUUAUAUGAAUGAACCCCUUACAAAUAUUACAAAUCCUGAGCAACAGAAACUAGUUCUUGGUGGUGAAGUCUGCAUGUGGGGUGAAACUGUUGAUGGGUCGGACAUUGAACAGACCAUAUGGCCACGUGCCGCAGCAGCUGCAGAGAGGUUGUGGACUCGUUUUGACAAGCUUCCCAAAGACCCAAGUCAAGUCGCCUCAAGGUUAGCAAAUUUUAGGUGCUUGCUAAAUCAAAGAGGAGUUGCAGCUGCACCAUUGGAUGGUCUAGGACGUGCACCACCGAUAGAGGCAGGCUCCUGCUAUGUUCAAUAGUAGCAUGAAGGUGGAUAAAGUACAAUUCUUUCGAUAAUCACAAAUAAAAAUGGUCAAGUUAUAGUGAUAAAAUUUGGGAAACUUGAGGUAUAGACUUUGGAAAAGGGAGCUGGUAAAAGCUGUACUAAUCAAGACAAUGAAAUUGUAAACUAUGUGUAUUGUCUAUGUAAACUACAUUUAUGAUGCAAUUUGUGUUCAUGGAUGAAGUAAUUGCUACAA